CAUCACACUUACAGAUGGAGAGACAUCGCGGCUCAGCCGGGUUCCACGCGACAUCCCGUCCCUCCCCGUCACAUUUAGCGACUUUCUGAGGGCGCGCAGAGAUUUCCCCUCUCAAAAAUUAAAAAGCACUUUUAUAGCACUUUUAAACAGAGCACCGUUGCAUCGUCGCCCCACCACCCAUCCCACCCGUGUGCACGUGAACAUGAAGCCCUUACUCCGUUCCGCCCAGCUCAGCUCGAUGGCGCUCUGGCUGACGGCGCUGUUUGCGGCUCUCGAGCGCACGGUGCAUGCUGCCGGUCCCGUGGUGCUAUGUGAGCCGUGUGACGCCGGUGCGCUCGGCCAGUGCAAGCCGCUGCCACGUGACUGCGCCGAGCGGGUGCGCGAGCCGGGAUGCGGCUGCUGUCUGACGUGCGCGCUGCGAGAGGGCCAGGCGUGCGGCGUGUACAAGGGGCGCUGCGGCGCCGGACUGCGCUGCCUACACCGGCCCGGGGAGAGCAAACCGCUGCUGGCGCUGCUGGAGGGAAGAGGGGUGUGCACCAGAGUCAAGCCCAAAGUCGCAUUAGAUCAACCCAAGGAACCUAUAGAAGAAUCUCCCCCUACAACUACCAUUGCACCAGUCAGCAAGGGCAGUGAGGUGGUACAGGAGACAGCAGCAGCAACAGAUUCAGGGGUUGAAGAUAGCAUGCAGAAAACAGAGCUGGACCAUAAGGGGCCUAAGCUGUACAAUAAAAUCAACAUGAUCCACAUGGAGGAAUUUAGGCAAAAGCAAAUCUACAAAGUGGAGCCAGUGACCAAAGGAGUCCACCCUGACAUCCACAAUUUCAGCCUGGAAUCUAAAAGAGAGUCCGAGUAUGGCCCAUGUCGCCGCGAUGUGGAGAGCCUGUUGAAGAGUCUUAGGAUAUCCAGCGUGCUAAACCCUCAAGCUUUUCCCAUCCCCAACUGUGACAGGAGGGGCUUCUACAAGAAGAAACAGUGUCGUCCAUCCAAAGGCCAUAAACGCGGUCAGUGUUGGUGCGUGGACAAGUAUGGACAGCCUCUGCCAGGCUACGAGGGCAAAGAACACAGCCAAGUCCACUGUUACAACUAAGAAAAACAAAUGGGAAAUGCAGGAGAGACUGAAGGAAAGCUGAAGAGGGAGGAAGAUCUUUUCCGAAUAGUAUGAAUCCGCAGUGAAAAUGGGGAAAGGGAGAUUUUUUUUUUUUUAAAGAUGGUGCCCUAUUUCUGAGCACCCCACCUAUGCACCGGAUCAGGGACUCAUCAGGUCACUUUCACACAACAUGGGAUUAGAGAGAGUGGGGGGAGGGAGGG